AUGGAAGAAGCCAACGUCCUGCAUAUUCCCACAGAUCCACAACACUCAUUAGAUCCAAAUUUGUCAGGAUCAUUGGAAGCAGGGGAAGUUCCAUACAGAGAAUCAGUUGGAAGUGUGUUUGUAACACCAAAGUUGCGUGGAUAUAGUGACGCAGACUAUGUCGGUGACACAACAACGAGACGAUCAACAUCAGGAUUCAUUUUCAUGAUGGGAGAUGGAAUCGUGGCAUGGUGUUCACAAAGGCAAAAAUCGGUAGCACUUUCGACUACUGAGGCAGAAUACAUAGCGCUGAGCCAAUCGAUACAGAAACUUACUUGGUUGACGCUACUUAUCAGUGAUCUUCUGGAGACACAGGGAGAUACACCGGUUCUGUAUGCAGACAACCAAAGCGCCAUCAAACUAGUGAAAAAUCCAGAAUACCAUAAGCGAACAAAACACAUUGAUGUUCGCUAUCACUACAUUCGUGAGAAGUUCAGUGAAGGGAUGUUUUCUCUGGAGUAUGUGCCAAGCAAGGAGCAGUUAGCUGAUAUAUUGACUAAGCCAACUCCACGACCAAGAUUCGAAGAACUCAGGGAGAUGUUGGGAAUUAGAUAUAUUAAUUCUAAGUAUCAUGAUCAACUGGCCAAUCGAUUUAUUAAACAAGAAAGUAUUGACGUUAAUGAUGAAAUGUUUGGUGGAAAUAUCAAACAGGAAUACAACGAGCGUCAAUUAUUACAAACAGAAAUUAAUGCUGAAGAACAAGGAAACACAUUUGAUACAGAAAUAAAAAUUGAAAUAGAUGUAAAUGAUGGUUUCGUGUUUAAAGGUACAUCUGAAAACAAACGCAACACUUUACAAUUCAAUGGUCUCAUUAAUUCGGACUUGACAUCUAACAGGGAAAAUCCAUUGACUGAAAACUGUGAUAAGAUGCCUACGGAAUCCAAUUUAACUGUGCAGCCAAGGACACAUACCGUAGAAAAUCUGUAUGAGUGUUGUAUCUGUGGUCAAACUUUCUGUAAGAAACAUAAUUUAAAAAGACAUAUAAUGGCAAAUACCUGCAAAAAGCAGUAUAAAUGUGGUAUCUGUGAUAAGGGGUUUUCUAGAAAUUACAACUUAACUAGGCAUUUAAGGAUACAUACCGGUGAAAAGCCUCAUAAAUGUCGUACCUGCGAUCGAGCUUUUUCACGAGCGAAGGCGUUAAGUAUUCAUAUGAGGACACAUACUGGCGAAAAGCCUCAUAAAUGUCGUACCUGCGAUCGAGCUUUUGCACAAGCAGUGAACUUGAGCACACAUAUGAGGACACAUACAGGCCAAAAGCCUCAUAAAUGUCAUACCUGUGAUCGAGCUUUUUCACAAGCAACGAAUUUAAGAAGACAUAUGAAUACUCAUUCCGGCGAAAAGCCAUAUAAAUGUAAUAUGUGUGCUAAGAAGUUUACUAGAGUACACAAUUUAAAACUUCAUACAAGGAAACAUUCAGGGUAA